GAGGAGGCGGAGGCGGCGGCGGCGGCGGCCAUUUUGGUGAGGCCUCGGAGCAGCGGCGGUUCUCGGGGACUAGCUUCUCCCCGUUCUCCCGACCCACCGCCCGCUGUCUGCCGCGAGAGGAGAUCGAAGAGACCUGUCGGUGGCCGUCGCCGCGAGUCUCAUGGGGCUUUAAAGGACGCGCGGGCGGCGGCAGCGGCGGCGGCCGAGAGGGGGCCAGCCCCCCUCCUUGGAGGGGGGGGCGGCGUGCACGCCCCCGAGGACGCAGGUGGGAUUCUCAUUACGGCGGCACCGUGGAAGUACAGACUUUCACAGGGGUUGUCUCAGCUCACACAGUUGCUUCAGAGACCCUUGGACCUGAGCGGAGGCUGGGACGCCCUAGUGGGCCCCGGGCCCUGGAAGGCGGGUCCCGGUGGCCGGUGGCCCAGAAUGAGGCCAGCUCCCAGCAUGCCCUGCAGCCGGACGCCAGCCCCUCUGCCAGUAGCAGUGGUGACAGUGACCCAGUCAUUCUUCAGGCAUCCAAAGAGGAGCCUGGGAGUGGGACCAUGCAGAGCAGUCCCUCCCCUGCUCACCCUCAGCUCCCAAUCCUACAGACACAGAUGGUGUCGGACGGCAUGACAGGGAGCAACCCAGUGUCCCCUGCCUCAUCUAGUUCCCCAGCCUCUAGUGGGGCAGGUGGCAUCUCCCCCCAGCAUAUUGCUCAAGAUUCCUCUCUGGAUGGACCUCCAGGGCCCCCAGAUGGUGCCACGGUGCCCCUGGAGGGGCUCAGCCUCGCGCAGGCUGCUGACUUGGCCAACAGGGGUCCCAAAUGGGAGAAGAGCCAUGCAGAGAUUGCAGAACAGGCCAAACAUGAGGCUGAAAUUGAGACUCGAAUUGCUGAGCUGAGGAAAGAGGGUUUCUGGUCACUUAAGAGGCUGCCUAAAGUUCCAGAGCCUCCACGCCCCAAGGGCCACUGGGACUAUCUGUGUGAGGAGAUGCAGUGGCUCUCUGCCGACUUUGCUCAGGAGCGCCGCUGGAAACGGGGUGUGGCUCGUAAAGUGGUGCGCAUGGUGAUCCGACACCAUGAGGAACAGCGACAGAAGGAAGAACGGGCCCGGAGGGAGGAGCAGGCAAAGCUGCGCCGAAUUGCUUCUACCAUGGCUAAGGAUGUUAGGCAGUUCUGGAGCAAUGUGGAGAAGGUGGUGCAGUUUAAGCAACAAUCUCGGCUUGAGGAAAAGCGCAAAAAAGCUCUGGAUCUGCAUCUGGACUUCAUUGUGGGGCAAACUGAAAAGUACUCAGACCUUCUGUCUCAGAGCCUCAACCAGCCUCUAUCCUCCAGCAAAGCUGGUUCUUCUCCUUGCCUUGGCUCUUCCUCAGCUGCCUCUAGUCCUCCACCCCCCGUUUCCCAACUGGAUGAUGAAGAUGGGGACUUCCAGCCCCAGGAGGAGGAGGAAGAUGAUGAGGAGACGAUUGAGGUUGAAGAACAACAGGAAGGCAAUGAUGCAGAGACCCAGAGGCGUGAGAUUGAACUGCUUCGACGUGAGGGAGAACUGCCAUUGGAGGAGCUGCUCCGUUCUCUCCCCCCACAGCUUCUAGAAGGACCUUCCAGUCCUUCGAGGACCCCCUCAUCUCAUGAUAGUGAUACCCGAGAUGGACCAGAAGAAGGUGGAGAAGAAGAUUCCUCUCAGGUGUUAAAGGUUAAAAAAGCCCCAUCUGCCACGCAGCGCAAUAAGCGACCUUGGCAACCAGAUGAGGAUGAUGAAGAGUUUACUGCCAAUGAGGAUGAAGCGGAGGAUGAAGAAGAUACUAUUGCAGCUGAAGAGCAACUGGAAGGGGAGGUGGAUCAUGCCAUCGAGUUAAGCGAGCUGGCUCGAGAAGGUGAAUUGUCUAUGGAGGAACUGCUACAGCAGUAUGCAGGAGCUUAUGCUUCUGAUGCCUCUGCUCCAGACUCUGGGAGUAGUGAAGAUGAUGAAGAUGAGGUCGAGGCUAACAGUCUUGAUUGUGACCCAGAGGAGACUACAGAAGCUGAAGAAGCUCCUCAAGAGGAUAGUAGCAGUCAGUCAGAUUCUGGUGAGGAACAAAGUGAGGAUGAGGAAGACGAGCAUUCAGAGGAUGAAGAAACAAGUAGUUCACAAUCAGAAGAAUCUGAAUCUGAUGAAUCUGAGGAGUUGCAGUCACAGAGCCCUGCAGAUGAAGAAGAAGAUGAUGAUGAUGAUGAUUUUGGGGUGGAAUACUUGCUUGCUCGUGAUGAAGAGCAGAGUGAAGCAGAUGGGGGCAGUGGACCUCCCACCCCAGGACCCCCUACUUCUCUAGGUCCUAAGAAAGAAAUUACUGACAUAGCUGCAGCAGCUGAAAGUCUCCAGCCCAAGGGCUAUACCUUGGCUACUACCCAGGUGAAGACACCCAUUCCUCUACUCCUGCGAGGUCAGCUUCGGGAGUACCAACACAUUGGGUUGGACUGGCUAGUUACCAUGUAUGAGAAGAAGCUUAAUGGAAUUCUUGCUGAUGAGAUGGGACUAGGCAAAACUAUCCAGACCAUCUCCCUGCUUGCCCAUUUGGCCUGUGAGAAAGGUAACUGGGGUCCUCAUUUGAUCAUUGUCCCCACCAGUGUGAUGCUAAACUGGGAGAUGGAGCUGAAACGUUGGUGCCCCAGCUUUAAAAUCCUCACUUACUAUGGAGCCCAGAAAGAGAGGAAGCUCAAGCGGCAGGGCUGGACCAAGCCCAAUGCCUUCCAUGUUUGUAUCACAUCUUACAAGCUGGUGCUGCAGGACCAUCAGGCCUUUCGUCGCAAGAACUGGCGCUAUCUUAUCCUAGAUGAGGCUCAGAACAUCAAGAAUUUCAAGUCACAACGCUGGCAGUCACUGCUCAAUUUUAACAGCCAGAGGCGCCUGCUCCUAACAGGAACUCCCUUGCAGAAUAGCCUCAUGGAGCUGUGGUCCUUGAUGCAUUUUUUGAUGCCUCAUGUCUUCCAGUCUCAUCGCGAGUUCAAAGAAUGGUUCUCAAAUCCCCUAACUGGCAUGAUUGAGGGCAGUCAAGAGUAUAAUGAGGGUCUUGUCAAACGCCUCCACAAGGUUUUGCGGCCUUUUUUGCUGCGGAGAGUUAAGGUGGAUGUUGAGAAGCAAAUGCCUAAAAAGUAUGAACAUGUUAUACGCUGUCGACUCUCCAAGCGUCAACGCUGUCUUUAUGAUGACUUCAUGGCACAAACCACAACAAAGGAAACUCUAGCCACUGGCCAUUUCAUGAGUGUCAUCAACAUUUUGAUGCAGCUCCGCAAAGUCUGCAAUCAUCCAAACUUGUUUGACCCUCGACCUGUUACCUCCCCUUUCAUCACCCCAGGCAUCUGCUUUAGCACCGCCUCUCUGGUGCUAAGGGCCACUGAUGUCCACCCACUUCAGCGCAUAGACAUGGGUCAGUUUGAUCUUAUUGGCCUGGAAGGUCGUGUUUCUAGAUACGAGGUGGACACAUUUCUGCCCCGGCACCGCCUCUCCCGCCGGGUACUGUUAGAGGUGGCUACUGCUCCUGACCCCCCACCCCGGCCCAAGCCAGUCAAGAUGAAAGUCAACAGGAUGCUGCAGCCAGUGCCCAAACAAGAAGGUAGGACGGUUGUGGUGGUGAACAACCCACGAACAUCUGUGGGCCCUGUACCAGUUCGACCUCCUCCAGGCCCUGAGCUCUCAGCUCAAUCCACCCCUGGCCCAACUCCUCCAGUACUGCCAGCACCUCUGAUGGUAUCAGCGUCGCCUAUCGGGUCCCCACUUAUUCCAGCAUCUCGGCCCCCUGGCCCAGUUCUAUUGCCCUCACUGCAGCCAAACAGUGGAUCUUUACCCCAGGUGUUGCCAUCCCCUCUGGGGAUCCUGAGUGGGGCUUCACGACCUCCCACACCGACCUUGUCCCUGAAGCCCUCCCCACCUGCUCCUGUUCGUCUAAGUCCUGCCCCACCCCCAGGCUCCUCGAGCCUGUUGAAGCCCCUGACAGUGCCACCAGGAUACACCUUCCCAGCUGCCACUACCACAUCUACCACCACACCCACAACUCCCAGCACAGCCUUGCCAGCUCCAGCACCUCAGCGCCUCAUCCUGUCUCCUGAUAUGCAAGCUCGCCUACCCUCAGGUGAAGUGGUCAGCAUCGGGCAGUUAGCCUCACUGGCACAACGUCCAGUGGCGAGUGCAGGGGGAAGCAAACCUCUCACCUUCCAAAUCCAGGGCAACAAGCUGACUUUGACUGGUGCCCAGGUGCGCCAACUUGCUGUGGGGCAGCCCCGCCCGCUGCAAAGGAAUGUGGUGCACCUGGUGUCAGCAGGGGGCCAGCACCACCUCAUCAGCCAGCCUGCCCAUGUGGCCCUCAUCCAGGCUGUGGCCCCGACCCCUGGCCCUACCCCUGUCUCUGUGCUGCCUUCUUCGACCCCCAGCACCACCCCUGCCCCUACUGGCCUCAGCCUUCCGCUUGCUGCUAACCAGGUGCCACCAACCAUGGUGAAUAAUACAGGCGUGGUGAAGAUUGUAGUGAGACAGGCUCCUCGGGAUGGAUUGACUGCAGUACCUCCAUUGGCCCCGGCACCUCGACCUUCAAGCUCUGGGCUUCCAGCUGUGUUGACUCCACGACCCACAUUAACUCCUGGUCGGCUUUCCACACCCGGGCUGAGUGCUGCCCGGUCACCCAUACCCUCAUCCACUCUGGUGAGGCCCCUUCUCAAGCUGGUUCACACUCCUUCACCUGAAGUUAGUGUGUCGGCACCUGGAGCUGCUCCCUUGACUGUUUCCUCUCCUCUGCCCGGGCCAGCCUCUUCUCCACUGCCGGUUCCCAACUCCUCACCCCUUGCCAGUCCUGUGUCCUCGGUUCCAGUGUCGUCUUCACUGCCUAUCUCUGCCCCUACCACACAUCCUACCCAGUCCUCAGCUUCACUCACCAUCCCCAUCUCGGCCUCCUUGCCUGUUUCGGCUUCUGGGCCAAACCUGUUGACCAACAUGACUCCAACACUGGCACCUGUUGUGUCAGCAUCUCCUGGACCCUCUUUGGCACCAGUUGGAGCUUCCUCAUCAGCAUCAACCUUGACUCUCGGUUUGGCCACAGCUCCAUCCAUAUCCCCACCUCAGGCUUCUGCUCAUCCUUUAUUGUUGGCUCCUGCUUCUUCACAUGUUCCAGGGUUGAACUCAGCCGUGGCCACAGCAUGUUCACCUGUCCUGGUGUCAGCUUCAGCUCUGGCCAGUCCUUUCCCUGCAGCACCAACUCCUCCAGGUCAGACUUCUCUUCUGACGUCAACACCUUCAGUGUCUCAGGCCUUAGCCACCUCUCUGUCUCCCAUGGUUGCUUCACAGACAGCGAUUCUGGCUCCUUCAGCUCCUCUGACUCCUCUUCCAGUCCUGGCUUCAUCGCAGACUCCAGUUCCGGUUUUGGCUUCUUCAUCUACACCAGGAACUACUUUAGCUUCAGCUUCUUCGCUGGUUCCAGCCCCAACUCCUUUGUUGGCUCCAUCAUCAACUCAAACUAUGGUACCAGCCCCAGUUCAACCAGCCAUUCCAAGCCCUGCUUCAACACAGACACUGACCUUGGCCCCAGCUUUAGCAUCUCCUCAUGUCAGUUCGUCUCCAUCUCAGACACUCUCAUUGGGAACAGGGAACUCCCAGGGAUCCUUUUCAGCUCAGACCCUGUCAUUGACUCCAGCAUCAUCCUUAGUACCAACUCCAGCUCAGACGUUGUCUUUGACAUCAGGACCACCACUUGGUCCUACUCAGACACUCUCUCUGGCUCCCCCACCCCCUCUGGCUCCAGCUUCUCCGAUGGGCUCUUUGCCAGCUCACACACUGACUUUGACUCCAGUAUCAUCAUCAUCUUCAAUGGCUCCAGCGUCAGUGCAGACAUUGACCUUGAGCCCUGCUCCAGUUCCAUUGCCUACUUUGGGCCCAACUGCAUCUCAGACUCUAGCACUGGCUCCAGUCUCAACACAGGUUCCAGCUUCUCAAGCAUCGUCCCUUAUGGUUUCGGCAUCUGGAGCAGCUUCCUUGCCUGUCACCGUGGUCUCUCGGCUGACUGUUCCCAAGGAUGAGCCUGAGACACUGACAUUGCGCUCUGGUCCCCCCAGCCCGCCCUCCACUGCUACCUCGUUCAGUGGUCCCCGGCCUCGGCGCCAGCCCCCACCACCACCUCGUUCCCCUUUUUAUCUGGACUCUCUGGAGGAAAAAAGGAAGCGGCAGCGGACUGAACGCCUAGAACGGAUUUUCCAACUUAGUGAGGCUCAUGGGGCCCUGGCACCCAUGUAUGGGACUGAAAUCCUGGAUUUCUGUACCCUGCCCCAACCUGUUGCCAGCCCCAUCAGCCCUCAUUCUCCUGGCCCCAGCCACCCCACCUUUUGGACUUAUACCGAGGCUGCCCGUCAGGCUGUACUGUUUCCCCAGCAGCGACUAGACCAGCUGUCAGAAAUCAUUGAGAGGUUCAUUUUUGUCAUGCCUCCUGUGGAGGCACCUCCCCCUUCCCUCCAUGCCUGCCACCCACCUCCUUGGCUGGCUCCACGCCAGGCAGCUUUCAAGGAGCAACUGGCUUGUGAGCUCUGGCCCCGGGCUCGUCCUUUGCAUCGCAUUGUAUGUAAUAUGCGCACCCAGUUUCCUGACUUGAGGCUCAUCCAGUAUGAUUGCGGAAAGUUGCAAACAUUGGCAGUAUUGUUGCGCCAACUCAAGGCAGAAGGCCACCGGGUACUUAUAUUCACCCAAAUGACGAGAAUGCUGGAUGUAUUAGAGCAGUUUCUCACCUACCAUGGACACCUGUACUUGCGUCUCGAUGGAUCUACUAGAGUUGAGCAGAGACAGGCUUUGAUGGAACGGUUCAAUGCAGACAAACGCAUAUUCUGCUUCAUCCUUUCCACUCGGAGUGGAGGUGUAGGUGUGAACCUGACAGGAGCAGAUACUGUUGUUUUUUAUGACAGUGACUGGAAUCCCACUAUGGAUGCACAGGCUCAGGAUCGAUGUCACCGAAUUGGCCAGACCAGAGAUGUUCACAUCUAUAGGCUUAUCAGUGAACGAACAGUGGAAGAAAACAUCCUGAAAAAGGCAAAUCAGAAGAGAAUGUUGGGUGACAUGGCCAUUGAGGGAGGCAACUUUACCACAGCCUAUUUUAAACAGCAGACCAUCCGUGAGUUGUUUGAUAUGCCCCUAGAAGAGCCAUCUAGCUCAUCUGUACCCUCUGCUUCUGAAGAUGAUGAAGAGGCUGUGGCCAGCAAGCAGACACAUAUCCUAGAACAGGCAUUAUGUCGGGCAGAAGAUGAAGAAGAUAUUCGUGCAGCCACCCAGGCCAAAGCUGAACAAGUGGCUGAGCUUGCAGAAUUCAAUGAGAAUGAAGGGUUUCCUUCUGGUGAGGGAGAGGAGACCAGUCGGCCUGAGGAUGAAGAGAUGUCCCGUGCCGAACAGGAAAUUGCUGCCCUUGUAGAACAGCUAACCCCAAUUGAACGCUAUGCCAUGAAAUUCUUGGAAGCCUCACUGGAAGAGGUGAGCCGAGAGGAGCUCAAGCAGGCAGAAGAGCAAGUGGAAGCUGCCCGAAAGGACCUGGACCAAGCCAAGGAAGAGGUGUUCCGCCUACCCCAAGAGGAAGAGGAGGGGUUAGGGGCUGGGGAUGAGGUUUCCAGCGGGACUGGUGGAAGCAGUCACCGACGUAGUAAGAAGGCCAAGGCCCCUGAAAGACCAGGGACUCGCGUCAGUGAGCGUCUUCGUGGAGCCCGGGCUGAGACUCAGGGGGCAAACCACACUCCUGUCACAUCUACCCAUCAUGCCCACAGCACCUCCAUGCCUUCUCGCUGCAGCCCUGCAAGGGAACGAAUUCCCCGACCAACACCUAGGCCUCGACCCACUCCAGCUCCAGCUCCAGCUGCAAUUCCUGCCCCAACUCCUGUCCCUGCUCCAAUCCCCAUUUCUGCCCCCAAUCCGAUAACUAUGCUUCCUAUCCAUAUCUUGCCUUCUCCCCCUCUUCCUCCACAGAUUCUUCCCUCUUGUUCUUCUGCUUGUACCCCUCCUCCUGCCUGUACCCCUCCACCAGCUCAUACUCCACCUCCAACCCAAACCUCUCUCUUAACCCCUUCUUCCCCUCUCCUGCUUGGUUUAUCUUCUGUACCUAUCUCUCCCCCAGUCACCAAUCUCCCCUUAGGCUUGGAGCCUGGGGCAGAGCAGCGUGUACAAGCCCUGGCAUCUACUGAGUCACUGGUUGAUACUGCCAGUUCUGAGACCUCUGCUCUUAUGACCGUGCCACCUAAGGAUCUGUUGCCAGUUGCUGAUGAGAUCCUACCUAUGUCGGAGAAGAACCUUUCUCUCACCUCUUCUGCAGCUAGCCCAACCCUGGAGUCUGGCAGUGUCCCCAACGGUCAAGAGCAGGAGGUACCAGAGCCUGCUGAGGGGACGGUCCUCCCAGUGCUGCCUGAUGGUGAGGAGAUGCCCAAAUGUCAGAGUGAGAGCAAUGGGCUGGAACUCCCACCUUUGGUAGCAUGUGAUGAACAACUUCAGGAGCCAUUGGAGGCCGACAAGAAUGCAGAAGAGCAGGCAGAGGCCCAGACCCCUUCCUCGAGCCCAGAGAAACCACAGGAACUUGCUUCAGCUGAGGUCCCGACCGUAUCAACCUCAUCCUCAGCCACCUCUUCACCUGAGGGUCCUUCACCUGUCCGGCCCCCUCGGCGUCGCACCAGUGCUGAUGUAGAAAUUCGGGGCCAGGGGGCCGGCCGACUAGGGCAGCCUCCAGGUCCUAAAGUGCUUCGUAAGCUCCCAGGACGACUAGUGACUGUGGUAGAGGAAAAGGAACUGGUGAGGAGACGGAGACAUCAGCGGGGAGCUGCCAGCACCCUAGUGCCUGGAGUCUCUGAGACUGUUGCCAGCCCAGGAAGCCCAUCUACCCAUAGCAUGUCGGGGACCGAAUCCUCACCCCCCACCAGUGGGCCCUGUGAAGCUGCUCUCCCAACUACAUUGCCCACCCCAACCCAGCAACCCUUCAUAGCUCGCCGCCGCAUUGCACUGGGGGUGACUGAUGGGUGCAGUCCGGAAAAUGGAGAAGGAGCAUUGCUUGCCAUUACUCCUCCUGCUGUGAAACGUCGGAGGGGGAGGCCCCCCAAGAAGAACAGGUCACCAGCUGAUGCUGGACGUGGGGUGGAUGAAGCCCCACCUUCCACCUCUAAGGGAAAAACCAACGGGGCUGAUCCAGCUUCUGGGGCUGAGACCCUUUCUGUUGCAGACCCUGUCCUGGAACCCCAGCUUAUUUCUGGGCCCCAGCCAGUUCAUAGACCCGAGCCCAUCAUUCUAUCACCUGUGGAGAAAAAAAGGCGCGGUCGGCCCCCUAAGGCACGAGACUUGCCCAUUCCUGGGAUGGUUUCAUCACCAGGGGAUGGCAGCUUAGAGAGCCGGACACAGCCACUCCCGGUGCCACCACUCCUAGCCUGUCCCACUGCUACUGUCGCCAACACUGUCACUACUCUCACCAUUUCUACAUCCCCACCCAAGCGGAAGAGGGGCCGGCCUCCCAAGAAUCCGCCAUCACCUCGGCCCAGCCAACUCCCUCUCUUGGACCGUGACAGCUCUUCUGCCCUGGAGAGCUGUGGAAUAGGGAGGAGGCGGCAACCUCAGGGCCAGGGGGAGAGUGAGGGUAGUUCCUCUGAUGAGGAUGGAAGCCGCCCUCUCACCCGCCUGGCCCGCUUACGGCUUGAAGCUGAGGGUAUGCGGGGACGGAAGAGCGAAGGGUCCAUAGGGGUGGCUGUCAUUCAGGAUGACUUGGAUUUAGCAGAGAGUGGGCCAGCUGGGUUAGAAUUGACACCUCCUGUGGCUUCACUGGCUCCAAAACUGCGCUCAACCCGGCUGCGUCCGGGGUCUCUAGUUCCCCCGCUAGAGACUGAGAAGGUGCCUCGCAAACGGGCUGGGGCCCCAGUUGGGGGAGGAACUGGGCUGGCAAAGCGAGGUCGUCUGCAACCCCCUAGUCCUCUAGCACCUGAGGGCUCAGUAGAGGAGUCUGAGGCCGAAGCCUCAGGUGAGGAUGAGGAGGGAGACGGAAUCCCACGUCGACGCUCUGGCUCUCGCCGCCUUGGUGGGGCCACCAACCAAGGGGACCAGCGCGUUCUGCGCAGCAGUGCCCCACCCCAACUGACUGGCCCUACAAUUAGUCACAGAGGCCGCAAGGCCAAGACGUGAGUGCGCUGCCCUUCCACUUAGGCUUUCCGCCAUGGUCCCUCUCCUUCCACAACCAGGCCUGACUCUGUUAACCACUACUUGAAGUCUUGGGGGGGAAAGCCUCCAGGAAGAUAUAGGGGCCUUCCCCUUCUUUCCACCAAAGUAGGGGUAGGCAACUGGUUGUCAUGGAAAUGGGGCUCUUCACAUAUCCCCUUCCCUUCCACCCCACAUGGCUGGGCAGUGUUAAGGGUGGCAAGAUAGUCUGUCCCCACCCCCUUGUACUUGAUUCCCCAGCAUCUUUCACAGCCCCCCACCCUUAGGGGAAGGGGGAGGGGCAUCUACAAUGAGUUUUUUCUUUUUUUUUUUCUUUUUUCUUUUUUUUUUUAAGAAGAAAAUAAUAAACUUAGUUUCUGUAUGAGCA